GUGUGUGGCUAUAUAUCAUUUUCGUCGUCACCAAACUUGGCAUAAUUCCAAACACUGUCUUUUCCUUUUUAUUUUUAUCUUCCUUUCACACAAUGUUCAUGGACGACACCAGCGAAUCCAAGCCCCUAACCUCACAGCACAGACAAGAUCACCAUCAUGACGAAGACGGACACGAAAACGAAGCGGAGGAAGCUCUCUCCUUCUCCGAUCUUCCGCUCGACAAACAGAAAUCCGACGGCCACACUCCGGAGAGCUUCCGCAAGAAUCCACGUAGGUCCUCUUCCGAGCCUCUCGAUCUCUUUGAAUUCUUCAGUGCUGGAUUUAUCACCUCUGAGAUUUCGCCGGCCGAGGAUUUGAUCUUCUGCGGUAGAUUGCUUCCUCUCAACGAUCAUUCUCAGCUUACUACUAGUACUACUAAUCCUACGGCCGAGAAGAGUUUCUGGAAGGAUGAGAGUCGAAAACAGAAUGUCUUUCGAAAGCGCUCUGAGUCAUUGUCUGGAUUGCAGAGCUCUGUUUCUCGAUCGAACACUGCGAAGAUCAAUCUCAAGCGGAAUAGCCGAUCGCUCGAUUACCGCAAGCUCUAUCGCCAAACGAAUUCGAUUUUCUCACCGACGGCUGAAAUCGAUCGUAAUUGUUCGAUCAAGGCCGGAUUGAAGCCUGAUCCACUGAACAAAAAGGCUUCGUCAAAGCCGCGAUGGUACUUGCUAAUGUUCGGAAUGGUGAAGUUUCCAGCGGAGAUGGACCUCAGCGACAUUAAGAGCAGACAAGUCCGCCGAAGUUCGUCGGCACUCUUUCCGGCGAACGAGAGUAAAGGUAAAUAUCACUGCAAUAAUCGAAGCUCCGGCGAAGCGACUUGGAGGAUCCUUAGGGCGCUUAGCUGCAAGAACUACGCUAGUGUAGAUGUAACGGCGUCGUUAACUGCCUAAGGACCACGAGAAGGUCAGUAUGGGAAAUUGAAAUUAAAAUGAAAAAUAUCAUACGCUUCACGUCCAAGGGGAAGGAUAGUGUACAGUGGCGGAGCGUGGGCGAUGAUGGUGCGUUCUCUUUACUAUCUUUAUUUUUAUUUUAUGUUUAUUUUGAAAGAAAAAAAAAAAAAGGUUUGAGAUGAAUGAGAUUCACGGGAAUCAUAUUUAUAUUUAUUAGAAUUCUGUGAAAUAUUCUUUUAAAAUCAAUAUUUUCCUCAUAGAAGUUUGGGUUUUCUUAGUAAAUGCACUUCACCUUUGAAAACGACCCACACACAAUUUAUGCCUUCUGCAUUUAUUACUCUUUUAUUUGUCGUUCCAUUUAGGUAAUGUUCUUGAUUUAUGUAAUGUAUAUAUCAUUUAAAAGAAUCAUUCUAAAAAUGCUUUUGAUCACUUUAGCUUUUUCUUUGCACUUCACAAUUUAGCAGAGAUAGUAAGGCUCCUCCAGCCCAUUAUAAUAGUGUUCAAAGCUGUUCAUAUUUUAAUUGAAUGUCCAAAAAGUGGCCUCAGGAAACUUGUAUGUUGGGGAAGAUUCAUGAUUAUAUAUGCCAACAUAUUUCAUCCACGCCGAUGUUGAUGUCAACUAGACAACAUGAUAGGUCCCCUCCAUCCAAGCCUCUUCUUGCGUCCAAUAAUUCCCUAUAUACAUAAUGUCAAUUCUGACAUUAAAAUGUAUUGUAGCGUAGAAAAGAAUUUUAGGUCCUCA